AUGGCGGCGGUGCUUCCGCGGCUCUCGGCCCUCGCGCCGCGUGCCCCGCUCUCCCGCCUCCCUCUGUCUUCUGGGCGCGCGCGGGGGGCGGCGGCGGCGGCGCUGCCACUUGCUGCGUCGCCCGGAACGUUCAGUUUCAGUAACAUCAUAUCGGAUAUGAAAAUUGCCAAAUCUGGAAAAGCUAGAGCCCGCGUAAGACCAGAGCAUCAGAUUCAGUUUGAUGAAGAGCCGGAGACUGAUCCUGACGGUCAGCAGAGUGCCGAGCUUAGGAGAAGUCUUAGGAAGAGCUUAUCCAAGGGAAAGAGACUGAAUAUUUUUGAUAGUAAAGCUGCCGUCGAGGAACUUGAAGCAGAGACAUCACCUUCGAUUUGGGAUAUGGAAUUGGCUAAGCAGUUAGCUGCAGUAAGUCAACAGCCCUUUCAGAAUGGAUUCGAAGAGGUGAUCCACUGGACAAAAGAGGGGAAGCUGUGGACCUUCCCAAUUAACAAUGAAGCCGGUUUUGAUGAUGAUGGCUCAGAAUUUCAUGAACAUAUAUUUCUGGAUAAAUACCUGGAAGAUUUUCCAAAACAAGGACCAAUUCGCCAUUUCAUGGAGCUGGUGACCUGUGGCCUUUCCAAAAACCCAGAUCUGAGUGUGAAACAGAAAAUCGAACAUAUCCAGUGGUUUAGGAAUUACUUCAGUGAAAAGAAGGACAUUCUAAAGGGAAGCGACAUUCAAUUCAAUGGAAAACAUUAGGAAUCUUAUGUCUAGCUUAUUGGAAAUAGCUAUUAUUACUAAAUAAAAUCACUUUACAAGAA